AUGUAUACGUCAACUGAAAAACCACUUCCAUUUGCUACAGUAUCUCCUAAUAAAGAGCAUGGACCCGCCGCUAUUUGGGCGCACUUGAAGCCAGUUCUGGAAUACUUGAAAAUUGAACACCCAGAUAGAGUCUGUGGAUCAAGAAGUACUACUAGAGGCUCCAACAGAAGCGAAUAUUUCCGAGGGAACAUUCAUUAUUGUGGAGCUAUUAGGUGGUUUGAGGAAAAAACAAAACUUAAAUUUGCUGGUCUAGUUACUAGAAAAUGCAACCGAGAAGACGAUGGUGACUACAUUGUGACAUUUUUGGUGAAACAGGGAACUGAUGAUUGUUAUUUACUGAAUGAAAAAGAUGUUUCUGCAAUUGAUUUCGCUCAAGUCAAUGCUGUUCUUCCACAGCCUGAAAUAGUUAUGAGAGGUUCAGAACGCUUUGCAUAUAAAUUCCCCUGCUGCCUGGAAAACUAUUUCUAAUUAGUCGUUUUUCACAAGCAAAAAAUAAUACAACAUUUAACAUUAGUUAUUGACAUUUAGUUUACACUCUGAAACUUUGUAAUAAUUUAAUUUGGUCAAAAUUACAUAACGUUUUUAAAAUUAAUAAUUUGUGUUAUUUUUUCUGAACUUUUAAAACUUACAAGUUCUAGACAAGAACGCACAUGUCAUGAGUGUUACUAUCUGUCACGAGUGUUACUAAUUGUCAUGAGUGUUACUUUAGUCAAAAUAUAAAAAAAACUAAUAAUAUAAAUACUUUAUGAAAUAACCCGAUGUGUACAAUUAAAUCAUAAUGGUUCUUUAACUGAAA